AUGGAGGUACCACAGGGACUGCAAAUUGAGGCUCCUGGUCUAGUCUGCAAAUUAAAUAAGUCCUUGUAUGGACUGAAACAAGCAAGCAGACAAUGGUAUGACAAGCUAACUGAGGCAUUGUGCACCAGGGAUUUUAGACAUUCAGAGAAUGAUUACUCAUUGUUUUGUAAAAAGGAUGGCACUUCAAUUGUGUUUGUGGCUGUCUAUGUUGAUGAUUUCACUGCAGAUCUGUUGAAGGAGUAUGACCAUCAGUACACCACAGUUUCAUCUCCUCUUGAUUGUACUCUUAAGUUGAAGGCAGAAGAGGGAACCCUACUGGCAGAUCCUACUUACUAUAGGAAGUUAGUUGGGAAGCUGAAUUUCCUCGCCAAUACAAGAUUGGACAUUGCCUAUAGUGUUCAGCAUUUAAGCCAAUUCAUGAAAACACCUAGAGAGCCUCAUCUUAAAGCUGCUUUCCAUGUUUUAAGGUAUCUUACGAAUGUUCCAACCCUGGGUAUUUUCUUCUCCAACAACCCAGAUUGUACUGUGAGGGCCUUCUGCGACUCAGACUGGGCUGCAUGCCCAGAUUCUAGACGAUCAGUAAGUGGAUACAUUGUCUUAUUGGGUGACAGUCCUAUUAGCUGGAAAUCAAAGAAACAAGAAAUAGUCUCCCUCUCCUCUACGGAGGCAGAAUACAGAUCAGUAAGAAAAGUAGUUGGUGAACUAGUUUGGGUUAAAAGGUUGCUAGAAGAGCUGACAGUUCCUUGCCUACAUCCUAUCUCAGUUUUUUGUGAUAGCCAAGCUGCAGUACAUAUGGCAAUAAACUCUGUGUUCCAUGAACGUACCAAGAACAUAGAGGUGGAUUGUCAUUUUGUACGAGACAAGUUACAUGAAGGCCUUAUCACCUUGCAUCACAUCCCCACAUAUGCUCAGCUAGAAGACGUAUUUACCAAGGCUUUAUCAGGGAUCAAACAUGCUUCCAUUCUUGGCAACUUGGCAGUGAGUUCCUCACCUCCAACUUGA